CUAGUAACGGCAACCCCUUGAUCAAGUAGUGAGAUCCCUACCGCCUCGCGUUUGUCUUCCUUUCUUUCAUAUAAAUUGUUGUUUUGAAACGGUUUUUGUGGAUAUUCACUCGUGCAAUGGCUGAUACAGAGACCGGGGAGGCAGUUGUAGAAAUUAAACAAGAGAUCAAGGAGCAAUGUGAGGGUUCUAAACCAGAGGCUAAACAUUCAGAAAACUAUCAAAACCUAUUGAAUGCAGGACUGGAUAAGGAAACCGCAACUGAGGUGGAGAGGAUCUGUACUGAAGGGUUUUUGAAGCAUGAAGAUCUGGAUGAACGGGCAUUGGAUGCUCUUAAGGAUUUUCCACCUGAGGUGGCCGGGCAAGUCCUUAAACAAUUUCGUGAGAUCAAUCUUGAACACGUCACAAAUAAAAGUGCAUACCUCUGCGGUAUGUUGAAAACGUGGCGGACACGUAACAAACUGCAAGGGACCAGUGGUGCUGCGUCAACUCCCAAGGGUCCAGACGAGGCGAAGUUAAAGGAAAUUCUGGAUAGAACAGGGUAUACACUUGAUGUCACCACAGGGCAGAGAAAGUAUGGUGGCCCACCUCCUGACUGGGAUGCUUCAGAACCACAGCCAGGUGCAGGUUGUGAGGUCUUCUGUGGGAAAGUUCCCAAAGAUAUCUUUGAAGAUGAAUUGAUACCUUUGUUUGAAAAGUGUGGAAGAGUUUGGGACUUGCGAUUAAUGAUGGAUCCAAUGACAGGUCUCAACAGAGGAUAUGCGUUUGUUACAUUUUGUGAAAAAGAGGGAGCUCAAGCCGCUGUAAAGCAGGCUGACAACUUUGAGAUAAAAAAGGGCAAGCGUUUGAAAGUCAACAUGUCCACACCAAACCUUCGACUUUUUGUCGGCAAUAUCCCAAAGAACAAGAGUAAAGAUGAGAUUCUAGCUGAAUUUGCUAAAAUUACAACGGGUCUACAAGAUGUCAUUGUCUACAGCACUCCAGAUGAAAAGAAAAAGAACAGAGGAUUUUGCUUCCUGGAAUAUGAUUCGCACAAGUCGGCUUCUCUUGCCAAGCGACGUUUGAGCUCAGGAAGGACAAAGGUGUGGAACUGCGACAUUAUAGUAGACUGGGCUGACCCACAGGAAGAACCAGAUGAGGAUACUAUGUCUAAGGUGAAGGUGCUUUACGUAAGGAAUUUGAAAUCCGAAGUUUCAGAGGAGAAACUUAAAGAUCUCUUUGAGCCUUAUGGCAAGAUAGAGCGAGUGAAGAAGUUAAAGGAUUAUGGUUUCGUUCACUUCGAAAAUAGAGAAGACUGCAUCAAGGCCUUACAUGAGUUGAAUAAUAAAGAUCUGGAGGGUGCAGCAAUGGAGAUUUGCUUAGCAAAGCCACCAGCAGACAAGAAAAAGAAAGAGCAGCGCCAAAUGGAGCACCAGCGACGACUCGUGGUGAUGAGAGGUGGAGGGGGUUUCGAUGAUUAUUACUAUGCUGGCCCCCCAGCGAUGCGUGGAGGACCAAUGGGUCACCGUGGAGGACGCGGUGGGAGAAUGCCACCACCACCAUAUUUUGAUGACUACUAUGAGUAUCCAGGCGGAUAUAACGAUACCUACUAUGAUGAUUACUAUGGUGGCUACGAUGAUUAUGAAUACGGAGGCGGCGGCGGCGGCGGCGGCGGCGGCGGCGGCGGCGGCGGUUAUGGACAUGGAGGUGGCUACCCACCACGUAGAGGUCCUCGUGGUAGAGGCGCAAUGGAUCGGGGGCGUGGUCGCGGGGCUCCGCGCGGUCGCUCCAUGCCUCCUCUGCACCUGCCAGGUCGCGGUGCUCCGCGCGGCAUGAUGCGGGGCGGUGGCUCGGGUAUGCGCGCCGCCCCGCGCGCUCGAGGUGCGACGAUGAGGGGCGGCCGAGGCAUGCGCGGGGCCGCCGCUGGCGCCGCGAACGGCAAGCGAAAGUUUGAUGGCGGACACCAGGGGCAGGACAGCAAACGCCGCUUCCUGAACAAAGGCCAGUCGUGGGGCACGGCUCCAAUCGCCCAGCAGCCGCUGAGUCAAUCCGGGGGUGGCUACAACGGGGGCAGCGGUCAGCGGUGGUACGAGGACAGCUACGGCGGUCAGUGGUAAAGACCUGAAUCCAUGGAUCCCUACUCCAUAUGGUGCGUAGCACGGUGAGGGUGGUUCCUAGCAGAGUUACAAGCCAUUAUCUGCCCUCUAAUUGUAAAUAUCUCAUAUGAUCCAACUUACAUACAAAUAUAAGUGUUUUGUGUUUUGUCAUGAUUAAAACUCUCCAGUCACGUGUAGGCACCUUUCUUUUUUCAAGGUAGUCAUUAUUUUGUUUGUAAUUAGUAAGCUGCUCAAUCCGACAAGUACUUGCAUUUUUUUAGCAUAAGAGUUGCUUACAGUUCCCUUAGUGUUUGUUCUUAUGACUAUGUCAUAAAAAGUAUGACCUGUUAAUGGUAAAAGUGACUGCUAAGCAAGUCAAGUCAAGUAUGUCACUUUUACCAUGCAGAAAUGACCAUGUAGAUUAAAUAUAAAGUUGUAUACUAGUAAUUACUACGUAUUAUUAGCUCACCUGCUUGCGAUUAUGCCAUGCUUUUAUGAGUAAUUCUUGAGCAAUUUUUAGUUUAGAUCUUUCUUAGACAGGAAAACAUUUAAAGCAACCUGUAUUUUGUGGUUUUGGUGAUACUCUUGGGUUGUGUCUGCAAGACUGAAAUUAAGUCAUUCUAGUGGUGAAUAUGGAGGAAACUUGGUUAUUGCAGGGCUAUUGCUAUUCUUAAAACUACCAUUUCAAUAUUAUUGAUAUUGCUAAUCACAAUUAUAAUUCUAUUGCAAUAGUAUUACUCAAGUAUCAAACCGAGUUGAUAACUUAAUAUAUGUAUAAAACUUUAAAAAUAGUAAUUGCUUUCUGAAUAGUAUUGCAUUUAAGUGGAUGUAGCAAGGUAUUCAUAAAAUUAGUAAGCCCAAACGAUAUGAGCUAACUAAUGUAACAGUUAAAUAUAAACCUUUUUUGUUCAUUUUUCACUACACGUUUGUCAUGGAAUGUGGGCAACAGCUAAAUAGAAAACGGCAGUUGUCAUCUAUAUUUCAAAUUCAUUAUUAGCUAAUUGAUAUUUGACGUCUAUUAUCACAUUGUAUCUAUAAGUUGAUGUAUCGUUGCACUGCUACAUAAGUUCACUCAAAAUACAAAAUUCACCCAAUUAUCACUGGAAUUUUGCAGAACUAUUUCGUACAGUUGCAAUGUCUGUUCCAAAUCCUAACAGUGUUGUAGUGUAUCAGUAUCACAACUAAUUGCAUUGUAUCCACCAUAUUUCAACUAUCUGAUAUAAUUAUAACAUACAAUCUUAUUGCCAAAGCAGUAGUAUUGAAUUAAGCUAAAUAUUUAAUUACUAAAUUGCACGUGACGUGUCAUAAUAAAACGUAAUAGACCCACCUGCAGUAUUAGAAAAGCUUCGUUUAUAUCAAAAAUCACAACGUUUGCCCUUUGUAGCAAGAAAACCUAUAUAAUGUUGACUGAGAAACUUGUUUUUGUAAUUUGUUGUAAACGUUGCUUCAGUCUUUUUAAUACAAUAGGAAACUGUGCAUUGAUUACUUGGUACAAGUUGCAUUAUUUUGUGACUGGGGAAAUGAAAAAAAUCAGGUAAAAAUUGUAGAUAUGUAUUUCCACAAUUAUUAUAGUCAACGAGAUUUUAUGUAAUCGACUUGAUUUGGAAGAACGUUUUGCUGAGCUUAACUGAUUAAUUACUGAUCAUUUUAAUCAAAUAUAUUAGCUUGUGCAUUUCCAUCCACGAAUUAUAUGUUAAAUGAUAGUUAAUAACAUCAUUCUUAACUUCCUUGUUGUAAUCUGCAAGCACACAAAUUCAUCUAUAGCAACUUUAAUGAUUAAUCAUUCCCUCACGGUUUUUUGUACUCUCCUUAAAUUUUAAAUUUCCUAAUUGCCAAUGUGUCAUUAUUCUUUGUUUAUUAUGUAAUUAGUGCACUUACUUUGCUACGUCCAUUAGUUUUGAAGUCUACACAUAAUUCAGUAUUUCAUUAAAGUAAUAGUAGAAUCUACUUAUAAUUUAGAUCCUAUCGUGUCAAUUUGUUGGCAAUAGAUUUAAUUAAUGUGGUAUAAUAGCUUAAUUGAUAAUGUCCUGCUAAUGGUGCACGAAGGGUCGUUGUCGUAUAAUGGCAUAUAAUAUGUACCCGAGGUAACUAUCUGAUAUGGUUAGGGUUAGGCGACAUACUCGCCGACACCUCGGGUACUACAUAUACGACAACGACCCCUUCAGCGCUAAUGGUGGCAGAAAAAUUGAUCUUAACCCCAAUUUUUUAUCGAUGUGUAAAACAGGUCAAAAAUUUUACAGUCAUUCACACCAGAUAACAAUAAUGACAAAGAAUGACUGAUAAACGUAUUAAACUUGUUCCUUUAAUGCA